ACGACGCUUAUCCCACAUUUCAUCACCAAUUUAGCGGAGAGAUUGGUCUCGCAUGCAAAAACUUGCCUCACUGAUGACAUUGAAUCUGUUGACUUUGUCGCCUGUUCUGCGCAAUUUCUCACUGCAAGCCUUAUGGAAGCAUUGGAGUACAGACGAAAGCUACUACCUGCACUUAAGGCUGUUUUAUCAGAGGAGGGUGGGGCUGAGACCUCUUCUUCGAAAUAUGACCUCUUCUGUUGGAUUACCGAGAACGAUGUUGUGUUUAGUCAACUUCAAGAGGCUUUUGACUCCCUAGUUGAGCUAGUAGUAGGUUUGAACAAUGAUUCUGAUCGUAUGCUAACCGAAGGAGGAUCACUGCGUCAAGAGUGUGCUUGCAGAAGUGUUGAAUUGGCCACAACUCUCCUCCAAGCCGUUUAUCAGCGCGUCCAGUGGUGUGGUCAAUCCUGUCCACCCGAACUUAACUCUUGUUUCACGGAGUUAAGGACUCACCUAAUCUCUGCUGUGGCCUGGAGUAUUGACCGACCGGAGGCUGGUUUGGACUUGGCCAUUCGUUUUUCUGACAAAGAUUUAAUGCUUGAAAUAUCUGAACAUCUGGACAAGCAGGCUGCUGCGUCUGGUGGUAAACCACAUUCGAAUUUCAUGACUGCCCUCACUCGUUCUAAUCCUGAUAUCCAACUUGCUGACUAUGCUUUACAGUGGUUUUAUAAACAUAGUGAAAGAGCUCGUUUGCAGUCACUUCUUCUAGCUCUACAUGAACGAGAGUCGGGUUCGCUCGAACCUUCAGUCGAGCAGAAACGUCCGUUAUCUUCAGUUUCUCCUUCACGUAAAUCAACGGCAAAACGUUCAAGGAAGAGUCGAUCCCCUUCGGUUACUGCUGCUACUGACUCGUGUGUAAGUCGUUUCCUUCAACGAACUGAGGCUCGUGAUUUCGCUUGGCUUCAUCAAUUGGGCAAUCGAGAUUACAAUCAAGCCUCUAAAGGGCUCCUAUCUGCUGGCGAAAAUGAGAUCAAUUCUUUGGGUCGUCGGCGGACUCUCCUGAGUCUCUCUAAGCUCUCCGGUAUCGCAUCUGGCCAUUACCAACCCUUCAUUAUGACAACGCAUGAGCCUCAAGAUGCUGGAAUACCGCUUGUUGACAAGUACUUGGAAGUUAUUAACUUUCACGAGGAGCUUAUUCGUCGAGGUCAACUGAAUUCUGACGAGGUCUUACCUUCUCAUGCUCUCGCAUCUCAGUAUAUUGCUGAUAUCACAAAGGUGGAUUCUGCGGAAAUCGACGAAGAUUUGCUGAUGAAGUUCUCUGCUGCUCUACGUUUGGCUCAAUUGUAUACGGAAUUGGAUGAGGACCAUCUAAGUUUUGAAGCUAGACGAGAGAAACAGGAGAAGCUUCUUUCUCGAAUUUGGACUCAGGCUAUUAAUGUUGAUUACUUGAAUAAAAAGCCAGACGAAACCGAUGACUUUAAUGAGGCUUGUGUAAGCAGUUUCUUCUAUGCCCUGCUAACCACUUGUCUUCAAUCGGAUGAUUUGAGUGAGAAACUUAUUCCAUCACUUCCCGACGUCCUAUCAUCAAUAUCAUCUGAUAAGGAACCAUGGCUACGAAUACUUGCUGAAAACGCCUACAAUCUGGCAACUAAGCACAAUGACUUCAGGGUGACCCAAUCAACUCAAGAAUCAACUCCAAUGGAAAUAUAA